AUGCUGAUCCAUGCGACGGAGUGCAGGCUCGGCAUGCAGCCCCAGAUCCAGGCGGCAGGAGGCAGCACGACGGAGAUGUGCGGGAAGCGAUCCCAGCUGCAGCGGCUCCAUGAGAUCCAGGCCCAGAUGGCCCGUGGGCACAGCUUGAGCCCAGCCGCUGGAGUGGCACCCGCCGAGGCACCGGCCCAAGUUGUGAAAUCCGCUCCCCAGUGGGAGGCAGCCGAGGCGUCACCCUCUCCAGACCCGGACCUGGUCCCUCCUCGACCUUUUUCCUUUCCCCCUUCUGCCCCAAGUGGCCCCAGCUUCCCGCGCUUCCCAAGGCCACAAGCCAUGGCCCCCAUAGCCGUGGCGGCCCCCCGGUCCGAGUUCUUGAGACAUUUGCGGGAGUUGGAGGCGGAUCUGGAGCUGGCCCAAAGCCUGAAGAUGAGGCUUCCCCCCGCUCUGACGCAGCGCAUCCGACGACUUCCGAUCCGAACCGGGCUCCUCAAAGAGGCCUGGGCGGCCUGGGACCCUGAAGAGGAGGCGGCGGCCUCCUUGGCUUCGGUGACUUUGGAUCUGCCGCCCCCCCUGUCCCCCAGAAGCUUCCACCUCAAAGACAGGAGUGUUGCUUCAGCUCAAGAGCAGGGAGGGACAGGAGCCCUAGGGCUGGGGCUGGACCUGCAGAUGGCAUUGGAGAAGGAGGUGCGUGCUCCUCUGAGGGAGCUGCAGCUCGUGCUUGAGCAGGUCAAGGCCAGGCAAGAUCACCUCCAGAAUUUUCUGGAGUCUCGUGAGUCUCGGUCGGCAGACGUGCAGUCUGCAGAGGGGAGCCGGUACCCGAGCCCAAGCCCCGUGAGAAGCGGGCGUGACCGGAUGCCUUCCCCAGAGCCGCCACAGCCAGCUCCGAGAAGCUUUCAGCCCGUGGACACAGCUUUGGACGUUCGGCCAAACGGAGCAGAAACCUUUGCACCGUUUCGAGAGAGCUGUCCAAGAAGCGGGGACAAAGUUGCCUCGCGGCGUGGGGAGAGCCCACCGCCACAGAUUCGGAUCCCGCCAGAGCCCAUCACGAAGCAGAUGGUAGCUGCCAGGCCUCAGCAGGAGUCGCUGAUGCAGGCUUACCUGGCGUUCCUAAAGGGGGAGGUGGACGGUCUGCCUCCAGAUCCGGUGCCCAUGCAAGGCCUCGCAGCCGACAUGGUCACCCCGAACCACGGAAGCCCGGAGGCGGCCGCACAUUCAGGGAUCCCAAUGCUGCCGGAAGUGUACAGAGCAGCAGUCUCCAUCAUCCGGGAGCAUGGAUGGGAUGCCUUGCAUGGACGGGACAGCUCAGGACCCUGCUGGACAGCCCUACAUUGGGCCGCGGCAGAGGGGAGGAACGAUGUCUGCUUGCUGUUGCUCGGCUGCCGGGCGGAUCCCAACCAUGAGGACGAGAUAGGCCGAAUCCCAGCCUACUACGCCAAUUUGCACGGCUAUGCUGACACGGCCGUUCUGCUACACAGCUCAUCGAGACCCGAGCAGGAUGAUACCAUGGAGCGGCUUUCCGCUGCUAGCACUGGUGCCAGCGCUUUGGACCGCGGUACCUGUGCAUCUACCUGGAAUUGGUCGCCGUCCGUUCUCCACACCGUGACGCCUGGCCAGUCGACGCCACGAGAUGUGAUGGCUUCCCUCAGCAGCUGA